AUGUCAAGCUAUGGUGAGAAAACAUAUGGAAGAAAGAGCAAAGUUGUUGAUGAAGCUCACGCAGUUAACAAACCGAAACAGAGUGAUGUCAUCGGCAAUACCAUCAUCUUCACCCUUGUAGGGCUUUGCAUUCUUCUCUUCCUCUUCAUCAGCAUCGGCUUCUUUUUCAUAGUCAAGCCGCCUCACGCAAGCCUAACAUCCGUGGCUUUAAGAAACCUUGCGUACAGCGAUACAACAUCAUCAAGAUCAUCAUCAUCAUCGCCUUAUUUCAACGCAACACUAGCUAUGGAAAUCAGAGUUGAGAAUCCUAAUUUCGGCUUCUUUGAGUUUCCAACAAGUAAAGGAGAUGUCUUUUACAACGGUCGUCUUGUUGGUGAAAUGAAGAUUAGCGAACAGCGAGUGGCUUCGUAUAGUGGCAUAAGAAGAGAGGUUAAGGCAGAAGUGAGUUACAGAGACAAUCAGGGAUCAUCAUCUGCUUUGAGGAAUGAUAUAAAGAGAGGGCUAAUAAUCCUCCAGAUCGGAGCUAAACUGAGAGGUCUAGUACAGUUGGAGGUUUUGAACAAGAGAAGUGUGGAUUUGAAGUGUUUGAUGUAUAUUAACCUGAGAGAUGAAGUGAUUCAACGUUUCUGGUGUAAAUGA